AUAAGAGAAAAUGGAUAGCUGCUGGGGAGGGCAUUUGACAUGAGGGACAUGUCAGUUGGGAGGUAGGCAGUGGGAAUGAUGGAUAAACAACUUUCAUUCACAAGGUUGGUGCCACUUAACUUUCUCCUAAUUCUGAUCAUUCUUUUGGCUUCUUGCAAUAUAAUUAUUAGCAGAUGAGUUGCUAUUUAAACUCAGGUUGCUGAAUGGGAUUCCUGUGAAUUUAGUCCAUUGAUGAAUGGCUGGAGGUGCAGACUUAGCAGUCCCACCUAUUGGAUCCAAAAAUAUAAUGGAAUCAAACCAAGAACCAAACAGGGGCAACUACCGCCGGCCUGGAAUUGAAGCAAUCCUAAUGUCUCCUAAGUUACCCAAGUCAGUGCCGCCGGUUUCUUCUGCCGUAGAGGGGGAGACCAUCAGGCGGCCUCGUGGCAGGCCGGCAGGCUCAAAAAAUAAGCCAAAACCACCCAUAAUUGUGACCCGAGAUAGUGCUAAUGCACUCAGAGCUCAUGCAAUGGAGGUAAGUUCAGGGUGCGAUGUGAGUGAGAGCUUAGCCAACUUUGCCAGGAGGAGGCAGCGUGGAAUAUGUGUACUUAGUGGGAGCGGCUGUGUAACCAAUGUGACCCUAAGACAACCAGCUUCAUCCGGGGCCAUUGUCACCCUUCAUGGCCGGUUUGAGAUACUCUCGUUGCUAGGAUCAAUAUUGCCUCCACCUGCUCCACCGGGGAUUACAGGGCUAACCAUUUACUUGGCGGGGGCUCAAGGACAGGUCGUGGGCGGGGGAGUGGUUGGCGCUCUCAUUGCAUCAGGCCCAGUUGUGAUCAUGGCUGCAUCUUUCAUGAAUGCUACUUUCGAUCGCCUGCCGUUAGAUGAAGAUGAAAUUGCAGCAGCAGCAGCAGCAGUGCAGAGUCAGCAUUACCAAAACAGUAAACUCCAUCACCAUCACCAUCACCACCUGGAUAUUUCAGAUCUCUUUGGAGUGCCACAAAACUUGCUUACCAACGGUACACUGCGCCAAGAAAUUUACUCUUGGGCACCGGGACGAUCCAUCACGCAAAUGAACCACGACGAGUGCAGCUGAGUCGUCGCGACAAGAGUCGAGUUCGGUUGUGUUGCAACUCGUAGACAUAGAUUCAAAUAAAGAUUCUGUUUAUUUUUUUUUUUUUGGAAUUAAAAAGAAAAAGUGGAGGAAAAGGAAAAGAUUAGGUUUGAUUGAAAUAUAAAGAAGAUACCAUAAAUUGGACAGAAAUGAAUUCAAUUAAACGAAAAUCACCUGAAAAAACUCGAGCGAUCAACAGAAAGUAACUCACAAGAGAUCCCAUAAAAAUGCUCUUAUGGCGGGCGCAACCGCACAGUAUCAAGGAGAGAGAGAGAGAGUGGACAUUGUUUGAGGAGUGAAGGGGGCAACAGGGGGAUGUUAUGUUAGUGUCUGCAGUUUCUUCUUUCUGCAAGAGAAUGAGCGCCGUAAUGUCGACACCUUUUGUAUAUCUCCUUUUUUUCUUUUCUUUUUUCUUUUCAAAAUAUUUAUUAUA